ACAACUGAAAACUGACAAACAUGGGGAUGGGGAAGAUGGCAACAAAGAAACGCAAUCUAGAUCGCCAUCGGCAAACCGAGGCCACAGGAUUAGCAGCUUCUCCGAACUCCCCCUCUCGUGCUGCUGCGUCUCCUCCUCCUCGUCCUCUCCAGUGUCCAGCUAGGCCAUGGCGUCCACCGUUUCCUUCUCCCCCGCCAACGUUCAGAUGCUCCCGGCUAGGAGUGGCCGAGGCCAUGCUGCCUUUGGGAGCUGCUCUGCCGUACCAAGAGCUGGGCCAAGGCUGCGCUCCACGGCCGUCAGGGUCAGCAGCGAGCAGGAGGCGGCGGCGGCCGUCAGGGCGCCGUCCGGGAGGACCAUCGAGGAGUGCGAGGCCGACGCCGUCGCUGGGAAAUUCCCUGCCCCCCCGCCGUUGGUUAGGCCAAAGGCCCCUGAAGGAACACCGGAGAUCAGGCCCCUUGACAUGGCAAAGCGCCCCCGUCGCAACAGGAAAUCACCAGCUCUUAGGGCUGCAUUCCAGGAGACGAGCAUCUCGCCUGCCAAUUUCGUGCUCCCAUUGUUUAUCCAUGAAGGAGAAGAAGAUGCUCCUAUUGGAGCUAUGCCAGGGUGCUAUAGGCUUGGGUGGAGGCAUGGGCUGCUUGACGAGGUUUACAAGGCCCGUGAUGUUGGUGUUAACAGUUUUGUGCUCUUUCCUAAAGUUCCUGAUGCAUUGAAGUCUCCAACAGGAGAUGAAGCUUACAACGACAAUGGUCUGGUUCCACGUACAAUCCGCUUGCUCAAAGACAAGUUCCCUGAUAUUGUUAUCUACACGGAUGUUGCGUUAGACCCUUAUUCAUCUGAUGGUCAUGAUGGUAUUGUGAGGGAAGAUGGAGUAAUUAUGAAUGAUGAAACAGUUUAUCAGUUGUGCAAGCAGGCUGUUUCACAGGCUCGUGCUGGUGCUGAUGUUGUCAGCCCUAGUGACAUGAUGGAUGGCCGUAUUGGAGCACUUCGCUCUGCUCUGGAUGCUGAGGGUUUCCAUGAUGUCUCCAUUAUGUCCUACACUGCAAAGUAUGCCAGUUCCUUUUAUGGCCCAUUCCGAGAAGCUUUAGAUUCAAAUCCAAGAUUUGGAGAUAAAAAGACCUAUCAGAUGAACCCAGCCAACUACAGAGAAGCCCUCAUAGAAACCGCAGCGGAUGAGGCAGAAGGAGCUGACAUUCUGCUUGUGAAACCAGGAUUACCUUACUUGGAUAUCAUCCGACUUCUUCGGGAUAAUUCAGCCCUACCGAUUGCUGCUUACCAGGUCUCCGGCGAGUACUCGAUGAUCAAAGCUGCCGGUGCGCUGGGCAUGGUCGACGAGCAGAAGGUGAUGAUGGAGUCGCUCAUGUGCCUCCGGCGAGCCGGCGCCGACGUCAUCCUGACCUACUUCGCGCGUCACGCCGCCGCGGUGCUGUGCGGCAUAGGGCCCAAGUAGUCAAGUAGAGGGCAGAGGCCCGCCAUCCCUGCGCUGCACUGCAUGCCAUUGUGUAGCUGAGUUGACUAGCAAGCAAGUAUAGCUUUUUUAUCGUGCGAGGGUGUGUUUGGGCCCGGGCCUUGGAAUUGGAUUGUAGGAGGCCUGGGAUUCGAAUAAUUUGCGCCGGGAGAUUAGCUGUGCAAAACUGUUUUUUGAGUUCUCAUGGUGGUUUCAUUUCCCGGUACUAAUACUAA